AUGUUCUCUGCUUUAUUGCAACGAUUUCCUAAAAUCCUUAAACCAUCAUACAACGUCGAAGAUAUAUCUCAUACAGUUACGCAUAAGAUCAUCACAACAGGACAACCUGUGAAGGCACGUCCACGACGGUUACCACCCGAUAAACUAGCAGCAGCUAAGUCGGAAUUCGAACAUAUGAUGCAGCUAGGUAUCAUACGACCAUCUAACAGUCCAUGGUCUUCACCUUUGCAUAUGGUACCUAAAACUAAUCACGACUGGCGACCAUGUGGAGAUUAUCGCGCUUUGAAUAACGCUACGGUCCCAGACCGUUAUCCAAUACCUCAUCUCCACGACUUCUCCUUGACCUUACAUGGAAAGACCAUUUUUACUAAAGUUGACUUGGUCAGGGCAUAUCAUCAAAUACCAGUCGCUCCAGAAGACAUUGCAAAAACAGCAAUUAUUACGCCUUUUGGAUUAUUCGAAUUCUUGAGAAUGCCUUUCGGACUAAAGAAUGCUGCUCAAACAUUUCAGCGUUUUAUGGACCAAGUUACCCAAGGUCUUGAUUUCGUCUUUGUAUAUAUCGACGAUGUCUUAAUUGCCAGCUCAUCGAUGGAAGAACAUAUGGAACACUUAAGCUUGUUAUUUCAAAGGUUUGAACAAUUUGGAGUUGUUAUCAAUCCAAAGAAAUGUAUUUUUGGUUCCCCUUCCAUUGAAUUCUUAGGACAUCGAAUAACUGCCGAAGGCAUCAGACCUACCGAAGAUAAGAUAAAAACUAUUAAGAACUUUCCCGAACCUGAUUCCUUAAAGAAACUUAGACGUUUUCUCGGGAUGUUCAACUUCUACCGACGUUUUAUUCCAUCAUGUGCCUCCAUAGUUCAGCCACUGACCGACCUACUUAGAUGCAAUUCGAAGAAAUUUCAUUGGUCAGAAGAGGCAAAAGCAGCAUUUAAUAAUGCAAAAGAUGCCUUAUCCAACGUUGUAAUGUUAUCUCAUAUCAACCCAGAAGCUUCACUCAUUUUAUGUACAGAUGCAUCGCAGGUAGCAGUGGGAGCAGUUUUACAACAAAAGUUCAAUAAUGACAUCACUCCACUUGCUUUCUUCUCCAAAAAGUUGGAACCUGCGCAAACUCGUUACAGCACUUUUGGCAGAGAACUGUUAGCCAUCUACCUAGCAGUGAAACAUUUCAGCUUCUUACUACAAGGUCGACAUUUUACUAUCUUAACCGACCAUAAGCCUCUUUGUUAUGCUUUCACCACUUCGUUGGACAGACACUCUCCGAGAGAAGCCAGACAACUGGAUUACAUCUCACAAUUCUCAACAGACAUCCAGUUCAUCAAAGGAGAUUCCAAUAUCGUAGCCGAUUCUUUGUCUCGAUGUGACGUUAAUCACCUAUCUUCGAUAGAUAUUAGCUUAGACAAUAUUGCCAAGCUGCAGAAAAAUGACGCCGAACUCCAUACUUGUAGACGAAACUCCUCCCUACAGUUGCAGGAUGUACCUAUUCCCCUGUCUGAUACAACUAUCGUCUGCGACGUUUCAACGGGCGUUCAUAGACCUUUUGUUCCACUAAGUUGUCGAAAACCUUUGUUUGAACAUCUACAUUCAUUGUCUCAUCCUGGAGUGCGUGCUACGGUCAAGUUAAUCAGCGAGCGUUUUGUUUGGCCCAAGAUGAACUCCGAUAUUCGGAAAUGGGCCCGCCAAUGCUUGCAAUGUCAAAGAUCCAAGGUACAUCAUCAUACCGUCACACCUCCAAAACAGUUCAAUUUACCGGAUAAACGAUUUCAACACGUUCAUAUAGAUAUUAUUGGACCAUUACCGCCAUCCAGAGGAUUUACUCAUAUACUUACUGCGAUUGAUCGAUUUACCCGAUGGGCUAUUGCUUGUCCACUCAACGAUAUAUCUGCAGAAAAUAUCGCUUUGGUUUUCUUAGAUCGCUGGGUGUCAAACUACGGAGUACCCACAACUAUUACAACAGACCGAGGAGCUCAAUUUCAAUCAACUCUGUUUCGAGAGUUUACGAGACUCUUUGGAGUGAACCAUAUCUCCACUACAGCUUAUCAUCCUGCAGCGAAUGGUCUGGUGGAACGUUUCCAUCGACAACUGAAAAGCUCGCUUAUGGCACAAGCUGACUCAUCUAAGUGGAGUGAACACCUACCAUUAGUUCUUCUCAGUAUCCGAACAACUGUAAAAGAAGAUUUGGGAUGUACACCAGCUCAACUUGUGUAUGGUACUACCCUCACAUUGCCUGGUCAGUUAGUUCCGUCUAAUGAUUCAGCUGAAGUAAAUAUCUCCGACUUCACCAACCGCCUUACCCAGCAAAUGCUCCAGCUUCGACCAGUAGCCUCUCGCCAAUCACUUCAGAAAGUUCAAGUUAAUAAGAAUCUACUCACUAGCAAAUUUGUAUUUGUUCGCGUCGAUGCCAUUAGAAAAGGUUUACAGCAUCCAUAUGAAGGUCCUUUUCUAGUACUUAAACGCACCGAUAAAUACUUCACGCUGAACAAACAUGGUAAACCGGAGACUGUUUCUAUCGACCGUCUUAAACCAGCGUACACCGACAGCGAACAUGAAACACUAGCAACGCCGACACCAAUGAACAAUCAGAAAGUCAAUUCAACUCCAACUCUCCCUCUCUUCACUCUUCCCCCUGUACAGACACGCAGUGGACGGCAGAUCUGUAAACCUGCCCGCUAUGUUCAUUUUAUUGACUGA